AUGUCAAAAAGUACAUUGAAACUACAUUGUAUUGCUGCUAUGGAUGCAAAAAGAGGCAUUGGAAAGAAUAACAAGCUUCCAUGGGAUUUACCCAAAGAAUUUAAAUAUUUUCAAAAUAUCACUACAAAAGUUGUUUCCCAAGAGAAACAAAAUGCAGUAAUAAUGGGUAAAAGGACUUACCUCUCUAUUCCAGAAAAAUUUCGGCCUCUGAAAAAACGGUUGAACGUUGUGUUAAGUACAACACUAUCAGCAUCAGAUCUUCCUGACAAUGUUAUCCUUCUACCUAAUCUGGAUGCAGCUGUCAAGUUUUUAUCAAAACCAGAAAUGUUGGAGAAAAUCGAAAGUGUGUUUACCAUUGGAGGCUAUGGUGUUUAUAAAGAUACCAUUAAUUCUCCCAAUUGUGGAAAAAUUUAUUUAACGGAAAUAGAAAGUGAUUUCCAAUGUGAUGUCUUUUUUCCAGAAUUUGAUAAAAGUGUUUUUAAAGAUAUCGCAGUUGAUGGUGUAUCACAGGAACAACAAGAAGAGAAUGGUGUAAAGUAUCGAUACCAUGUGUAUGCCAAAGAAUAA